AUGGCUAUCAUUACUCUAGGCCAAUUUUAUGACCCGCCUCUCAGAUGCUUCACUUUCCAAGACUUCCAGUUGGCUCCUACAUUAGAAGAAUUUGCCAAGAUCUUGGGCUGUGAUUUGAAAGAUUGUGGACCUUAUUUAGGUUUGGGAGAAAAUCUCACUAUGGAGGAUAUAGCCAAAUCUUUGUAUCUCCCUUGCAAAGAAGUAUCAUCAUGGUUAGAGACUAGGAAGGAUGAUAAGAAAAAUGACAUAAAAGGAUUCUCAAGGAGUGUUUUGGAGACCAAGGCCCAAGCUUUAUUGGCUAAGAAAGAUUGGAAGCCAUUCAAUGCGGUGUUAGCACUUCUAGUGUAUGGUUUGGUACUCUUCCCCAACAAAGAAAACUUUGUCGACUUCUCGGCUAUAGGUGUGUUCAUAGCUAAGAAUCCUGUCUCUGCUUUGCUCGCUGACUUCUACCAUUCCUUGUAUAUCAGACAUGAGAAAAGGAAAGCGACGAUUUCUUGUUGUGUUCCCUUAGUGCAAAAAUGGUUGAUGUCUCACUUACCAAAGAAAGGGGCCUUUGUGGAAAAUCCAGCCAGUUCAAAAUGGAGUCAUAGGAUGAUGGCUCUCACCGAGAAAGAUAUAUCUUGGUACUCUCGAAGUUUAGAUGGUACGGAAAUUAUUCUUAGUUGCGAUGACUUCCCUAAUGUACCUCUCAUGGGAACAAAGGGGUGUAUUAAUUACAAUCCUGUCCUUGCACUCCGACAACUUGGAUACCCAAUGGAGGGUAAGCCAGAUGAUCAUUUGUUGAAAGAAUUUAUCCUAAAAGAAGGAGAGGAGGAUCCUGCAUUACUAAGAAGGAUUCGAAGAGCCUGGAACCAAGUACACAAGAAGGCGCUAUGUAAAAAGAAUUGCAUUGCCAAUCCUCUUUAUACUCAGUGGGUGCGAGAAAGGGUUGCGAUUAAUCAGUUGCCUUUUGAUAUGGUGGUCAAGCCUUCGUCACCUGAACCAAUCACCGUGGUCCCCGUUGAGGAGGCGAAGAACUAA